AUGCCUCCAAACGGCAGAACUACCAAGGCCGCUGCUACGAUGACGCCCAUUGAGGAACCGCAGGUUCGCGCGGCGGAAGCAUCAGUGCGUGCGCUUCUGGUGUACCCGAGGAAGACGCUUCUGGUGUCGGAGGAUGCGUUAAGUGCGCUCACGUGCCAGGAGCUGCUUCCGGCGUGGCUGUCGCGGGUCCGCUAUAGUCGGCUGCAGGUCACGUUCGCCUCCCUUGUUGAUGCGAAAGUGGUUCGCUGUCAUUUGGUGGAUCACGUGGGUGCGAAUGGCAAGACCCGCUACUCAUUCGGCUGGCAGCACCCGAUCAACAGCAGCUUCUUGAAGGCGAAGGCUGACAUGCCGGAAGGAGUAGAGGUGCUUCUUAAGGGUGUGCCGGCGGAAAUCACGCCGAUGAUCGUUUAUGAGUCGCUGGCGGUCCACAAGCUGCAGAAAUGCGGGCGGUCGGCGUUCCUGCAAGGCGCGGGUUUCCACCGUGUGAUUGAUCCGGUUUCCGGGCUGGGGACGGACAAGAUUCGGGGCGUGGUGGUUCCGCACCCUGGGGACACUUACCGCUAG